GGACCUUGUCAAUGUUUGGGGGAAGUUCAUCGGACUUUUGCCGGAGGAGGUAGGGGAGUUUGUGGAGGGGGUGAAUGGGUUACUUCCAAUGUUUGAGCUAUGACGAAGCUUUGGAUGACACUGACUGACCUCGUGCGAACAGUGUUUUCGAUACGAAGUAUUUCGCUACUCGGAGCGAUCCCGACGUCUCGAAGAUGUUCCCGGAAACACAUCUACAAGCACUCGCCAAAUGGGCCGACUCGAUCCCUGAACCUCCUUUACGUACUGAACCCGAUUUCCGUCGUUAUGCGGCGUAUAAUCAGACUUUUGCACAUGAGGCUGGUUAUGAUGCCUUGGAUACUGCAAAGGUGUUCUUGAAGUUGUCAAACCUGCUCGCUCCUCGGUCUCCGUCGUCCUCUAUGCCUGAUACCAGGCCGGUUUCGCAGCAGUCGGAGGAGGAUGAGGAGCAUUUGUUCCAGCCUAGAAAUGCAGUGGGUAAGGCGGUAGAUACUCUCUCAGCGGUAACGAAUAAGUUUGCGGCGUUGUUGAAUGCGGAAGCGGAUCCGGAGCCGGAGGAGAAGGAGAAGCCGUUACUGGGUUGGGAGGACGAGCAGUGGCGGAAACUCAUCGGUAAUCUUACUGUUGGUGGGACUGAGACUGGAUACAUGGCCUUGAAGGGACUGGAAACAAACGGGACGAACGGCGGGGUUGUUUAGAAGUAGAAGUUUAUAACGUAGCGCUGAACCCAAAACGUCUGGCAAAG